AUGUCUGAAACAAUUUCAGGUUGUUAUAUUUGUGGUUUUUGUGAUUUGAAAUUCAAGGAUCAAACUGACUUGGAUUUGCAUAAUAAACUUCAUGUUGAUAAUGGACAAUUUUCUUGCCCCUCAUGCAAAGAGAUUUUUCCUGAUUUACAACAAUUGGAGUUACAUGAUCUGCAGCAUAGUCUGGAAGAAGUUAAUAAAGAUGAGUCCUCCGCAUACAUAACAUUUCUUCGGCCAGCUUCCUCUUUCAUUUGCAAAAUUUGUAAUAAAGUAUUUCUAAGUGAUGAAGAAUUGUUUGAACAUGUUAUACAGCAUGAAGAAGCAAUUGUUCCUCUUCCUAAAGGUUCUGAGACUCUUGAAGAAAUCAAGCUAGAAAUCGAUCAAGAAGCACAAUUAUUUUUAUUUGAAGAACCAGCAACACCUACUAAAAAAGCUAAGACUAAGCGUUCUGCAAAGAAAAAGCGUUCAAAAUACAAAGUUCCAAAUGAAUACAAGUGUAAUAUUUGCAAAAAAGUCUUUAAUGCUGUUUCUUACUUGACCAGGCAUGAAAAUAUUUAUCAUAGGAACAAGAAACUCUUUAAUGGCCCUGCUUCUUUAAGAAGACAUGAGAAUCUCUUUCAUAUGAACAAAAGAAGUGGUGUGGAUAUCGAAGUGGACUUGGAUCCGUCACUUUAUGAUGAAAUUUAUCCUGUAUCAUCAGAUGAAGAAACUCCUGAUCCAAAUUCGUAUGCAGAAACAGAUAAUGUAAAUGAAUACCAUGACAAACCAUUUUGCUAUGCAUGUUUUAAAGUAUUUCCCACUGAAGAUGAUGUGAAUGAGCACAUGGAUGAACAUAUUAUGAUAAGGACUUUUGAUUGCGAAGUGUGUAAGAAACGUUUUAAAAAUCAAGUACUUCUUGAAAAGCAUAAAUGUGUUUCUGAUGGUCCUAGACCUUUUCUCUGUAAAAUUUGUGGAAGACGGUUCUUGAGGAUAUAUCAUCUUGAAAGACAUCUUGCAGUUCAUAAAAGGAAAAAAGAACUGUUUGGAGGUGUUAGAAAUGACUCAAAGGACAGUAGUGAUGAAAAGCCAUACGAGUGUGAUAAGUGUGAGAAACGUUAUAAAACUGAAAUUGAUCUGAGCAAACAUAGGUGUGAUAAUGAUGGCCCAAGAACUUUUGUCUGUAAAGAAUGUGGUAAACGAUUCAAUAGAAUAUAUCAUUUACAAAGACACGAAGAACUGCAUAAUAGGACAGAGCCUUUGUAUGAACCAAUAGAAUUUGAUUUAAGCUACUUUAAGAGGCAAAAAUCUGUUGAUUUGUCAAAUACAGAAUAUCCUGUUUUGAAACCUAUUAAAAAAGUUAAAACAGAAAUAAAUGAAGUAAAUGUAAUGAAAAGAUUUGAUUGCUACAUUUGUGGGAAAAGAUGGUCAGGCUUUCAGAAAUACAAGCAACAUUUCUCUACAGUUCAUAAGGAUGUGAAAUUUAAUUCAUGUCAUAUAUGUUCCAAGCAGUUUUCAAAAUCAUCAAAAGUUAAACGGCAUUUGGUUACUCAUUAUAAAGAAAAAACUUUCAGAUGUAGCAAUUGCUCUAAAACAUUCUUUACAGUGUCUGCUCUUAAUCACCAUAUACAAGAACAAGAAUGUGAAAGCCGACUGACUUGUUAUCAAUGUUCUAAAACAUUCACAGAUAAAACUGGAUUUCAGGAACAUAUUGCAAUGCAUGAGAAUUCUAAAGAUGCAGAUUUUGAAUGUACAGUUUUAUCUGAUAUUUUUGUUCCUCUUAAGAAAAGAUUAGUUGUAGAACUGAGCCAAGAACAGACGCUAUCAUGGCAACGUGCUUGA